AUGAACUUCAUUCCUACCCAAGAUACUCCUCUACAGUGGGAAGAAGAUAUCUGCAACUCCUCAAUUGCUCAGCUCAACUUUCCCCCAUAUGAUAGUGGCUCCUGUGCAAAGCAGGAGCUCCAAGCACUCUGGAAGAUGUUUACCUCCUGGUUGCAGCCAGAAAAGCAUAGCAAGGAGCAGAUGAUUUCUCAGCUGGUCUUGGCUCAGUUUCUCCUAACUGGGCACUACAAGGACAAGUUUGUCUUAAAAGAAAAGUGGGAAUCAUGUGGUGGAAACAUGGGGAGAUUCAUGGAGGAUCUGACUGAUGAGUGCUUGGAGCCUCCUAUCAUGGUCCAUGUCUCCAGGCAGGGGCAGGAAGCCCUCUUUCCUGAGAACAUGUCCUUAAGAGAAACCAUCAAUCUUCUGAAAGAACAGCAAUCAGCAAGAAGUUCAAUACCAGAGUAUGCAAGGUCACCCUUGCCCAUCUCUCAAGAUAGGUUAUUGACAACAGGGUACGGAAACUGUGAAAAUGGCCAAAACAAUGCCUGGAACACUAGUGUUGUAAAUGGUGGAGAUAGUAGUUUUGGAAAUGGGAUGGACUCCCUUUCCAUUAUCCAAGAGGGUCACUUUCCUGAGCCUAAAGAUAGGAGUGUUCCUGAUGGAAUUCCUCUGGAUUACAGCAGAACAAGUCAAGUCACCUCCAGAUACCAGGAAGAAUCUCAGAGAGGAACUUUUUCUGAAGAUGUCCCUAUGGAGGUACAACCAGAGAUUAUCUCCAGGCCAGAGGAUACAGAACACUGCAAGAAUCAUGAUGUAAGCUCCACAAGUGGGCGUCGCCAAAAGAGAUUCCUCAGAAACCCAAAGAGAUACAAAUGUGAGGAAUGUGGUAGAACCUUUAAAUAUCCCUGUAGACUUUCAGCUCACCAGAGAAAACACAAGAAGGAAAGGUCAUUUUUCUGUACCACGUGUCAGAGAGGCUUUUAUACUCAUUCAGACCUGAAAGUACAUGAGGCCAUACACCGGAAAAAGAAGACUUUCCAAUGUAGUACAUGUGGAAAGUCUCUCAGCAAUCGUACAAAUCUGAAGGCUCAUGAGAGGAUUCACACAGGAGAGAAGCCCUACACCUGCUCCCUGUGUAACCAUAGCUUCCGCCAGUCAUCCACAUACCACCAUCACCUGAGGAAUUGCCACAAGUCAGAGGGAACUGUGGACCUUCCUCACAAGAGGCGAGCAGGGCUACAGCCUCAGUGUCUCAUCUGUACUUGA